AUGGUUGACGAGAAUCAUGGUGCCGACGAACCGAUCCCUGAUAUCUUUGAAACAUUAGAUGAAAUGCUUCGACAGAGAGGUAAUCUUGACGAGGCUGUUGACGUAGCGACAUUGAUGUGGAAGAUGAUACGAAAGACAUACGACCAAGGGAUCAACCCAUCUUCUAUGCACCACGAGCCAGGUCCAACCCAGUCCGAGAGGGGCCAAACGGAUGUGGACAACCACUUGCCCUACUUUGAUAUUAACCCAUUCGAAUGUCAUUUCAGGUCUGGAACCCGAGAUAGUUCUCUAUCCGCCCAUCGAAGGGAGGAUACUUUGUCGAGCAUGCGUGCGACAGUUUCAGACGAUUUGCCACCUGCUAGUCAAAGCACCAUCCUCAACGCUCUCCAUCGAGCCAGAGACGUUCGGUGUAUGCCAGGCUUCGCAAACGAGCAAGCUAUCAUCGCCACAUAUGACGGCAAGAAGUUGGGCAUUCGGAAGGAGACCAAGUGA